AUGGUUGAUUACAGUAAAUGGAAGGAUAUUGAGAUUUCUGAUGAUGAAGAUGAAACGCAUCCAAACAUCGAUACACCGUCAUUAUUCCGAUGGCGUCACCAAGCCAGAGUCGAGAGAAUGGAAGAGCGGAAGCGCGAAAAACAAGAACAUGAACAACGUAAAGCAGAGAACUUAAGAAAAGUUAGUGAGACAAAGAAAAAGAUAGCUGAGGCUGCACCUAACAGCAGUGAUUUAGAAUCCUUGAAAAAGGCCCUUGCCGAGUUUGAAAAAGAAGAAAAAGCCAUCCUAAAAAAGGAAGAUGAACUAAAAAAGAAAGAGAAAACAACUCCAUGGAAUGUGGAUACCAUAAGUGAACCAGGAUUUACUAAAACAGUCAUUAAUACUAAAGCAACACGAUCCAAGGAAGAAAACUUGACAGAAGAAGAAAAAGAAGCUAGAAUGAAAAAGUUCAUUGAUGAAAAUGAAAAACUUUUGAAGAAGUUUGGUAUGUUGAGAAAGUAUGAUGAUUCAAAACAAUUUCUGCAACAGCAUAGUCAGUUAGUUUGUGAGGAAACAGCAAACUAUCUUGUCAUAUGGUGUAUCAAUUUAGAAAUGGAAGAGAAACAUGACCUAAUGGCACAUGUAGCACAUCAGACCAUAUGCAUGCAAUACAUCCUGGAGCUCUCUAAGCAGUUGGAUGUUGACCCUCGGGGCUGCGUGGGAUCCUUCUUUACAAGAAUCCAAGUAGCUGAAAAAACUUAUAAAGAUACAUUUGAUGAUGAGUGUGAACAGUUUAAAGCAAGAAUCAAGAAACGUGCUGCUGAAAAGAUCCAGGAGGCAAUUCGUGAGCAAGAGGAAGAAGAAAGAAAGGCUCGACUGGGCCCAGGUGGGCUUGAUCCAGUUGAAGUUUUUGAGGAGUUACCUGAUGAAUUAAAAAAAUGUUUUGAUUCACAAGAUAUACCCAUGCUUCAAGCAACCAUAGCUAAGAUGCCAGAGCAAGAAGCUGUAUAUUAUAUGAAGAGAUGUGUAGAUGCAGGUCUCUGGGUGCCCGGGAAGAAUGAUGAAGAACCAACUAUGAAAGACAAUGAGGCUGAAAAGACAGAUAAAAAUGAAAAAGAACCAAUAUACUCCACAACAGAUGAUGUAGAUUAA